AUGUCACCAGCAAGAGGAGAGGGCUCAGAAGAUGGUACAGACCAGAAAGUGGAAGGCAUCUGCAGCUUCCAGCAAGCAGAGGUCAAAGAUGGGGAACAAGUGCCAAAGAAAGCUCCCUCUGGAAAACCACAUCAACGUCACCUUCCCCUGGAACAUCAAGAAUUUGACAAUUACCUACUCAAACUCCACCAUCCAGACACUGAUCUACCACCCAGGAUGGACAUGUGGCCAACUAGCAACAUUGAUAUUACUCCAUUCAAAAAUGUCAAUGUCAAUGACACCAAGAAUCAACUUGACCCAGAAGAGGAAAAGUGGGCUGAGUGGGAUGGAUUGACUCUUACAGAUCUUGAGGCAUUAAUAGAUGAUGCUGAGAAAGAUCUGCAAGAUGGUUCACCUGAUAGAAGAGUGCAAUCAGGAGGGGGCACUGUGAUGAGCCUAGACCAGGAAGAUGAGCUCUGCAACCAGGAGACUGCGGAAAUGGGCAUGAAAACACCAAAAGAGCCAAAGAAGAUCCAGAGAAGAAACCCAGGGGAUUGGGAGAAUGUUGACCCUGGGAUGGAUGCCUUCAUUAAUGGCCAUGUCAUCGAUGUAACUCACAUCUUAUGGCUUAGAGAACCACCUGCCAAGUGGCUGCCUCAACAUGCAAAACCCAACUAUGAGAGCUGCUCCUCUCAGCUAGGCAAGGCACUGCAGGACUGGUGA